AAGUUAUAAAGCAAACAGACCAACUAUAGUUGAAUCAAUCGAUUAAACUAAAUUCGUACAAAUCAAAUUAUUUUCCAUUCAAAAUCCAGAUUUCAUGCUGUGUGUGAACAAAACAAAACCAAAUUGUUUGCUUUUUCCGGAAUCGAUUUCUCGUUUGUUUCGGGUCGAUCCACAAUGUAUUUUUUUUUUUUGGUCUCAUUUUAUGAGUUUUUGUUUGCUUGAAAUAGCAAAAAAAAAAUACCAGUCAUGUUAUGGCAACCAAACCAGGCUAGAAAUUGUUACAAUCAUCCAUGAUAAUGAUGAUGAUGAUGAUGAUGGCCAAUGAAUGAAUCGUGGAACUAACUACUACACUACUAACUGUUGUUCUACAUAUACCAAACUAAUGAAAGUCAACUAAAAUGAAUCAUAAUUUGCAGUGAAACAUUCGAGUUGAUUCCCAGUCUAUUGGUAGUGUUGAAAUUAUUCUAUCGAUCGCGAUUCUAUAAGACACGUAAUACUAUUGUUUUUGUUCAGUUGAAAAUACUGCUUGCAUGACGUAAUUGUUCCAUUUCGAUUGUUUCAUCUUAGUUUUAUAAUGUAUGAUGUUGAUUGUUGCUGUAGGUAUGAUUGUCACAUUAUAAAUUAGCAAUCAAUUUUUAAGUAGAUUGGCCAAUGAUGAUUUCGAAACAAUUUUUCAACGCUCAUUAUUGGAAUGGUCAUUGUGAUCCUCGAGUGGUCAAUCAAUGGCUAAUGCAUAAUGGUCCAUACAAGUUACUAGUGAUAUCAAUCAUCUAUUUGUUGGCCAUUUAUUUUGGCGUCCAAUGGAUGCAGCACCGGAAACCGUUUGCUAUUCGUAUGCCAAUGUUUAUGUUCAAUGUAUUGCUUGUCGUAUUGAAUCUAUAUUUUUUCUAUGAAUCAUUUUGGUGGACAAAUUAUGGCCGGGAUUUGCUCAAUUUUCAUUUCCCAUCGCCAUUCGAUAGUAGUGAACGUUCCCAUAGCAUAAUUAGUUUGUAUUAUUAUUAUCAAAUUAGUAAAUUUAUCGACUAUAUGGACACCGUAUUUCUUGUGUUACGGAAAAAGAAUGACCAUAUAACAGUGCUACAUGUUUACCAUCAUGUGUCCGUUCCAAUAGUCGGCUGGUUUGCCAAUUGGAUGAGUCCAACUAUGCCCGUAUUGGGAUUGUUUGCCAUGUUGAAUUCAUUUUGUCACAUGUUAAUGUACACUUAUUAUUCAUUGGCAGCGUUGGGUGGCCAUCAUGUUCGACCAUAUCUUCGUUGGAAACGUUAUAUAACCUGUUUACAAUUGUUACAAUUUCUUAUACUUGGACUAUAUGGAUUGUAUCUCAAUUUUCGACAUAUUGAUUAUCCACAAUUAUUUCGUUGGCUACUCAUAUCACAGGCGAUCAUUUAUUUGAUAAUGUUUGGCAAUUUUUACAAACGCUCAUAUUACAAUAAACAACAAAUAAUAAUAAUGAAUGUCGUAGAAUUUCCCAUCAAAUCAAUGGCAAAAUUUAUUGAUCAUUAUAAUAUCAUUGUUUAAUUAAUACCAAAUAAAUGAUGAAUUUAAUUUUUAAAAAAAAUCAAUCAACACUAUCAUUCAAUAAUAUGAUGACUAGAAGCUUGAAAUGAAAUGAUUUAUGGCAAGUUAAUUCUAUCAUACAUCAUU